AUGGGCAGUAAACAGGAAGAGUUGGAAGCCACCAUGCUGUUAGAAAGCUACAACCUAGUUGCCAUGACUGAAACUUGGUCAGACAAAUCCCAUAACUGGAGUGCAGCUGCUGAUGGCUACAGGCUCUUCAGAAGGGACAGGCAAGGCAGGAGGGGCAAAGGGGUUGCCCUCUAUGUCAAGAAAUGGAUAGAGUCUGAAGAGCUAAGAAUAGCCAUGAGCAGAUUGAAAGCUUAUGGCCUUUCUUCCCACAUCUCUCGAGUGGCUGGACCACAAGAUGUGGACUGGAGGAGCAAAGUUCCUCCCAGUGUAGAAGAUCAGGUGAAGGCACUGAAAGAGAAGAUUGAAUCAGAAAGGGGGAAAGAUGCUUUUCCAGUAGCUGGCCAAAAACUAAUUUAUGCAGGUAAAAUCCUUAACGAUGAUACUGCUCUAAAAGAGUACAAAAUAGAUGAGAAGAACUUUGUGGUGGUUAUGGUGACAAAAACCAAAGCAGCAGCUGGAGCAACUCAGCAGUCAACUGCUACUACUGCUAUUAGCUCAACAACUGCAGCUCCCACACCACCUGCUGCACCAAUGCCUGCUGCUGCCCCUGUGCCAGCUCCUGUCCCUCCACCACCAGCACAAGAUGCUGUUGCUUGUGAAUCUGUGCCUGUGAGUGCUCUUAAAGAAGAGGAGCCAGGAGAAAAACCACCUGAGGCACCAACUGCUGUCAGCCCAUCAUCAACUGACAGUACAACAGGUGAUACAUCUCGAUCAAAUCUUUUUGAGGAUGCUAUAAGUGCACUUGUGACAGGUCAGUCCUAUGAGAAUAUGGUGACUGAGAUCAUGUCAAUGGGCUACGAACGAGAGCAAGUAAUUGCAGCACUGAGGGCCAGCUUCAACAAUCCUGACAGAGCAGUGGAAUACCUUUUAAUG